AUGCGUCUCGCUCAGUCGACUCGACUCACUUCAACUCUUCUGCUGUGCCGCCUUUGGAGAAGCGCUUCCAUCCUGUCAGGGAAAGAUUUCUCCAGGUCAGCCAACCCGCCAGACGACCGCAGCCAGCUGAUUGAGACACGAAGCCCUUCUCCUACCACCAGGACAGACAGUUGUGUCCCCCAAGAAGCCCUCCUCCUACCACCAGGACAGACAGCUGUGUCCCCCAAGAAGCCCUCCUCCUACCACCAGGACAGACAACUGUGUCCCCCAAGAAGCCCCUCCUCCUACUACCAGGACAGACAACUGUGUCCCCCAAGAAGCCCUUCCUCCUACCACCAGGACAGACAGUUGUGUCCCCCAAGAAGCCCUUCCUCCUACCACCAGGACAGACAGCUGUCCCCCCAAAGAAGCCCUUCCUCCUACCACCGGGACAGACAGCUGUGUCCCCCAAGAAGCCCUCCUCCUACCACCAGGACAGACAGCUGUGUCCCCCAAGAAGCCCUCCUCCUACCACCAGGACAGACAGUUGUGUCCCCCAAGAAGCCCUCCUCCUACCACCAGGACAGACAGUUGUGUCCCCCAAGAAGCCCUCCUCCUACCACCAGGACAGACAGCUGUCCCCCCAAAGAAGCCCCUCCUCCUACCACCGGGACAGACAGCUGUGUCCCCCAAGAAGCCCUCCUCCUACCACCGGGACAGACAGCUGUGUCCCCCAAGAAGCCCUCCUCCUACCACCAGGAUAGACAGCUGUCCCCCCAAAGAAGCCCUCCUCCUACCACCAGGACAGACAGUUGUGUCCCCCAAGAAGCCCUCCUCCUACCACCGGGACAGACAGCUGUGUCCCCCAAGAAGCCCUCCUCCUACCACCAGGACAGACAGCUGUGUCCCCCAAGAAGCCCUCCUCCUACCACCAGGACAGACAGCUGUGUCCCCCAAGAAGCCCUUCCUCCUACUACCAGGACAGUUAGCUGUCCCCCCAAAGAAGCCCUCCUCCUACCACCAGGACAGACAGUUGUGUCCCCCAAGAAGCCCUCCUCCUACCACCGGGACAGACAGUUGUGUCCCCCAAGAAGCCCUUCUCCUACCACCAGGACAGACAGCUGUGUCCCCCUAGAUGCCACUCAGCAAAGUUUGAGCCCCAAUCUGACAUCUAGUUUGGUUUCUGAAUUCUCCAAGCGUUUUGCUACCGCACUGUCUAAGAAUCUUCCCGCUUUGCCUCUCUCUGAACCCAGGACAUCUCCUCUCUGA